UCAGAGAAGAACAUAUUUUGAAUGGUGCUUUAUAUUUAUUAUUUACAUAAAUAGUUUAUCAAAUGAGGUUAGUUGUAUCUGAUGUGUAUAAACUAAUUCAAUUCAGUAAACGAUUCUGAAACCGGGAGACUUAAAUUUCUGCUCGUACGAUAUUAGUAACGCAUUAUAUGGGAAUUUAAUAUAUUCAAUGAUUAUUAAUAAAUUUAAAUAAAAAGUUUGAGAGAUUAUGUAGAACUUUUCGUUAUAAUUAUUGAUUAUUUUUUUAUUUAAAUAUAAUAUGUAAGGUUAUGUUAAUCUAAACAAUUUUGUCAUCCUAUUAUUCUACGAUCAUUUAUAAAAUAAAUUCGUGAUUUUGCUCUAAUAUUUAAUAGUAAGGAAUGGUUUCUACUCGAGGACCAAAAUUUAAAUUUUGUGAUGGUGAAAAAGUUCUUUGUUAUGAACCUGAUCCUACAAAAGCAAAAGUAUUAUAUGAUUCAAAGGUACUUGAUGUUAUAGUUAACAAAGAUCAAAGAGGACGUAAAGCUGUUGAAUAUUUAAUACAUUUCCAGGGAUGGAAUUCUUCAUGGGAUCGUUGUGUAACAGAAGAAUAUGUAUUAAAAGAUACAGAAGAAAAUCGUCAACUUCAACGAGAUUUAGCACAAAAAGCACAGUUACAAUUGGGAGCAUAUUUAUAUCGACGAGAACGUAAGAAAAGAAGCCAUAAAUUAUCUGAACGUUUAAAUGAAACUGAAAAUCAAGAACCAAGAAGAAGAGCAAGAAGUGGUGGUAGUAGAGCAACAUCAGCAACAACCGGAUCAUCAGAAGAUGGUAGUUCAGGACAGCAUGCUGAUUAUGAUACUGAAGAAGUUAUUACUGAAGAAGAUACAGAAAGUAGUUCAGAUUAUGUUGGUGAAACAAGUGAUGAUGAAGAUAGUGGUGGUGGUAGUCAAUCUGGUGCCAGUAUAAAGCCAGGAAUUGAUCUUGAUAUAGGUACUACUUUAAGAAGAAUUUUGGACCAAGAUUAUGAUCUUAUAACUAAUAAAACUAAGCUAGCAGUUCUUCCUGCACAACCUACUGUUGCAAAUAUUUUAGAAUCGUGGGUUCAACACUUUACGACAACACAAUUAACGAACAUUCCUGAAAAACCGCAAAGAAACAAAACAAAUAAUACAAUAGAAAAAACAAUUAACGAAAUAAACAUAUGUAGAGAAGUUGCUGAUGGAUUGCGUAUAUAUUUUGAUUUUACGUUACAUGAUCUUCUUUUAUAUAGACAAGAACGAGAACAAUAUUGUAAUUUAAAAUCUUCUUUCUUAUAUGGUGAACAUCCAACUCUUGUCAAAGAAGAACCAAUUGAAAAUUCAGAAGUAUUAGUUAAAGAAGAAUAUGAAGAUACUGAGUAUGCUCAUUUACCACCUUUUCAAGAACAUGAUCAAGAAAUAGAUACUUCGAAAACAAUAACAAAUUCAAAGCGAAGAUUGAGAUCAUACAGAGUGAGUUCUAUUGAUGAAAAUAGACAAUUGAGAUCAUAUGAAGAAAUUAAACAAGAUACAGGAAAUUUAUCGAGCCCACGCGGUGUAACGUUGAGAAUACCUGUUGUUACAUCUGCGCAAGUCAACGCUUUACUUCAACAAUCAAAUAAAUGGAGAUUAAUGCCAGAAUCAUCAAAAUCAGAAGGUUCUCCAAAUCCUUCUACCUAUUAUGGUGCCAUUCAUUUAACGCGAUUAUUUGUUAAAUUACCAGACUUGCUGCAGUUAACAGAUAUACCACAUAAAAAAUUGAAGGUUCUUUUAAAAUAUUUGGAUAUGUUUCUUAGCUAUUUAGAAAUGCAUAGAGAAUGGUUUGGAGAACAAUUUUAUAUGCAAAUGGAAAGUCAACUAAUUCCUCAAGCAAGUAAUUCUACAUAAUAAACUGCAUUCUUUCUCUAUAUCCAUUUACAGAUACAAUUGUGUAUACAUUGUGUGGAUAUUACAUGAGAUUUACAGCAAGGAUAUAUAUUUGUGAAUUCGAUAUAAGUGAUAAACUUUUUUGUAUCAAUUAUAAAAAUACUUUUUUACAUGCCUUCCGUAAUGAAAUUUUCCUUAUAAAUAUUAUAUUAUAUUGUUAUGUUUAUGACAUAAAAAAGACUGUGUGAAGUAAAUGUGGUAAAAGUGCAAACAAAUAAAAGAAAUAUAAAGGUUAGAGAUAUACGUAAAACAAAAAA